AUGAUUGUAAAUAUGGACCAUAUGCACGACUACAACAACGCAGACAUUAAUGUGCUGAUAAAUAAGAACUACGAGCUCAUUUCGAAGAUUUCAAGAGUCCAGGGGAAGCACAUGGUCAUAGAGAUCAGCGGAGGCCAGUUUAAGAUGAACGAGUUCAGCUGUACGGACCUCCUCAACAGGGUCCGCGCGGGCUACGAGACGAAGAACCACAACUUCUCAGGUGCGAUAACCUACCGCGACUGCAAGAUGAUGUUGACCGACAUAGAAUACGUGUAUAGCAUAGAUACGAGGUUUGAGUGUAUUUUGGUGCGCCUCUUCCCAAUUUCGUGCCUGAUUCUGAGGAACGCAAUCCUGGUGGUCGUGAACGAGAACAUGAAGAUGGACGGCUUCAUCAAGGACAUCUGCAGGAUAACGGAGCUCUACGCGAAGAUGGGCUUGGAUGACAGGCCGAGCCCCCGCUACGACACUCCCACUCACCCGAAAAGGUACCCCUCCACCCUCUCGGGACUCGACGACGGCACCAUCACCUACAACCUGAGGCUCCCAUUUGAAAUCUGUGUUUUGGAGUGCUGCUUUAUAACGUCAAUAUCGCAUUUAGAAUCAGACCACGCUAACGACGCUACAGAUUUAAUUUCCUUCGAGAACAAAUAUAAAAUACUGGAGGACAAGGUCUACAACAAUAAGAAGUUUAAGGACAUAUCCAUCAUCCUGCACGAGUUGAAGCACCCCGUUUCAAACCUUCUCGAAAUAUCGACUGGCUUCGAGGAGCUGAUCAACGAAAUACUGGACUCUGAGGAAAACAUUAAGAUUCUUGAGUUCUCAAACCACCUAAUACACUACUCGGGCGACCAGUCGAGGAGUACCCUGUCUUACCGCCAGGUCAACCACGACCUCCAAUUCCUACUAGAGUACAUUGAUCAGGAAGUUGAGCAGUUGUCCAAACGAACAAAGACUCUCGAUAACUCACUCAUUCACCUUGAACGGUACAUUAACCUGGAGCUCUCAAUCACCAGGAAUGAAAUGAUGAGGCUUGAGAUGAUGUGUGGCAUUGUAGGAGUUGCUUUCGGCCUAGGAGCCUGCCUAUCAGGCCUUUACGGAAUGAACGUAGUCAACGGGCUGGAAAAUAAUCGAUACGCCUUCUAUGUUAUUACGACUGUUUUUUUAAUCGUGUUAUCGAUAGCGAUAUACAUAACGAGAGUAAUAAAAAUUAAGCACAGAGUCUAA